AUGGCGCAGGUAGCGCACGACGUCGCGGCGCUGCGCGUGGGCGGCGGCCUGCAGCGGCGUGUGUAUAUAUACACGGGCGUACAGCGGGCCCCGUCACGCGCGCUCGGCCGCCAGAUGGCGCAGGUAGCGCACGACGUCGCGGCGCUGCGCGUGGGCGGCGGCCUGCAGCGGCGUGUGUAUAUAUACACGGGCGUACAGCGGGCCCCGUCACGCGCGCUCGGCCGCCAGAUGGCGCAGGUAGCGCACGACGUCGCGGCGCUGCGCGUGGGCGGCGGCCUGCAGCGGCGUGUGUAUAUAUACACGGGCGUACAGCGGGCCCCGUCACGCGCGCUCGGCCGCCAGAUGGCGCAGGUAGCGCACGACGUCGCGGCGCUGCGCGUGGGCGGCGGCCUGCAGCGGCGUGUGUAUAUAUACACGGGCGUACAGCGGGCCCCGUCACGCGCGCUCGGCCGCCAGAUGGCGCAGGUAGCGCACGACGUCGCGGCGCUGCGCGUGGGCGGCGGCCUGCAGCGGCGUGUGUAUAUAUACACGGGCGUACAGCGGGCCCCGUCACGCGCGCUCGGCCGCCAGAUGGCGCAGGUAGCGCACGACGUCGCGGCGCUGCGCGUGGGCGGCGGCCUGCAGCGGCGUGUGUAUAUAUACACGGGCGUACAGCGGGCCCCGUCACGCGCGCUCGGCCGCCAGAUGGCGCAGGUAGCGCACGACGUCGCGGCGCUGCGCGUGGGCGGCGGCCUGCAGCGGCGUGUGUAUAUAUACACGGGCGUACAGCGGGCCCCGUCACGCGCGCUCGGCCGCCAGAUGGCGCAGGUAGCGCACGACGUCGCGGCGCUGCGCGUGGGCGGCGGCCUGCAGCGGCGUGUGUAUAUAUACACGGGCGUACAGCGGGCCCCGUCACGCGCGCUCGGCCGCCAGAUGGCGCAGGUAGCGCACGACGUCGCGGCGCUGCGCGUGGGCGGCGGCCUGCAGCGGCGUGUGUAUAUAUACACGGGCGUACAGCGGGCCCCGUCACGCGCGCUCGGCCGCCAGAUGGCGCAGGUAGCGCACGACGUCGCGGCGCUGCGCGUGGGCGGCGGCCUGCAGCGGCGUGUGUAUAUAUACACGGGCGUACAGCGGGCCCCGUCACGCGCGCUCGGCCGCCAGAUGGCGCAGGUAGCGCACGACGUCGCGGCGCUGCGCGUGGGCGGCGGCCUGCAGCGGCGUGUGUAUAUAUACACGGGCGUACAGCGGGCCCCGUCACGCGCGCUCGGCCGCCAGAUGGCGCAGGUAGCGCACGACGUCGCGGCGCUGCGCGUGGGCGGCGGCCUGCAGCGGCGUGUGUAUAUAUACACGGGCGUACAGCGGGCCCCGUCACGCGCGCUCGGCCGCCAGAUGGCGCAGGUAGCGCACGACGUCGCGGCGCUGCGCGUGGGCGGCGGCCUGCAGCGGCGUGUGCCCCGCGGCGUUGCGCAGGCGCGGGUCGGUGGCGCGCGCCAGCAGCCGCACGCAGGGCAAGUGCCCGAACAUGCACGCGCCGUGCAGCGCGCUCUGCCCGUUCUGCACAAGCGCAUUGCAUCGUACAAGCGGUGA